ACUUCUUUGCGUUAGUCAAGGGAACUGCAGAGCGAUUCACCUAUAUUUCUGUACAGAGCGUUUUCGUUCAUUUAGUAUUUUAUCGUUUAUGCGUUCCCGAUUAAACACACAUUUUAUGGCUGUAAUAGGACGUUGCAACGGAUAUUUUGGGAUGGGUUGUGCAGACCUCAUGUUAUAGCUUGCUCUGUGUGGACAUCACCGCCACCGUGGAAGAAAACGGCAGCUCAUGGCACCAGGCCUACUCAAACUCGGGCCCCAGCCCCCUCCCAGCACCACCCGAACACUUGUGCAAGGCCUGCAGAGGCCAGUUUGACACCGUAAGAACGCAUGUCUGCGCGGACUGCAAAAACAACUUCUGCAGCCGCUGCUCGGUGCAGAUGGACCUCCGGCCACGGAUGUGCCACACCUGUCAGCGGCUCCACUGCACCCUCUUUGAACGGGCAGAGUUGAUGAGGCUGAAGGUGAAGGACCUCCGUGACUAUCUCCAUCUGCACGAAACCCCCACGCAGAUGUGCCGAGAGAAGGAGGAGCUGGUGGAGCUGGUGCUGGCUCAACAAACUCCCAGGUGCAGCGGCAGCGCCUCUGCGCCUCCUCUGCCUUCCCAUCCUCUCGCAGAAUCUGAAGCCCUCACGGAGGAGGAGGAUGACGAGGACGAGGACGAAGAGGGUGAAGAGGAGGAGGAGGAGGAAGAAGAAGAUGGAGAUAGAGAUGGAGAAGGAGAAGAUGAAGAGGGCGAAGAAGAUGAUGAGGAUGAUGAGGAAGAGUCCACAGACAGUGAGGAGACGCUGGUGCACAGCAGAAGAGCCUCUCUGUCUGACCUGAGCAGGGUGGAGGACAUCGAAGGCCUCAGCGUGCGGCAGCUGAAGGAGAUUCUGGCUCGUAACUUUGUGAACUACCAGGGCUGCUGUGAGAAAUGGGAACUAAUGGAGAAGGUCACCCACCUCUUUAAUGAUCAGAAAGACCUUCACAACCUUGUUUCAAAUACAAAAACAGAAGCAGCUGAUCCUGCUGAGCCCAGCGGCCAGGAGGAGAACCUGUGCAAGAUCUGCAUGGACUCCCCCAUUGACUGCGUUCUGCUGGAGUGCGGCCACAUGGUCACAUGCAGCAAGUGUGGGAAACGCAUGAACGAGUGUCCCAUCUGCCGGCAGUACGUGGUUCGAGCCGUGCAUGUCUUCAGAUCGUGAAAUUCGAGUGCAAGAGACAGACUGUCCCCUACAGGUUGUUGCUUUUUCACACAUUGAGCAACAUUUUCUCAACAUUUUUUUGACAAUGCUCCAUUUUGCUGCUUUGUUUAUAAGUUUACAUGAUUAAAUGUGCACUUAUUUGUUUUUUCAUCGCAACCGUGUUAAAGUAUGGCUUCAAAGUUGUGUUUCAUUUAUUUGUUGACUUUUGCACUUUUUUUAAUUAUUAGGAUUUUUUUCUUUAUAUCCAUCCUACAACAUUUGCAUUACUGAUAGUAAGUAUAUAAUAAGCAAACAAGGUUUAAUGGAAAAAGUUGCAUCAAUCAUGAAUGUUUAUUAGAGGUUAAGACGUCAAAAAGUGUGUCUGUCUGCAUAAAGAACACAUUUAAAUGGGUGGAAUACACUUUGAAAUGUCUGGGAUGUGAAAACGGGGUAAGAUGGUUGAAUUGAAUUUUUAUUUGGUGCACUGAUUUUCAUGUUGUUUCUGUAUUUAAGUCUGUACAAUAGUUCACCAUUGCAAAUCACCACUAAAUAGUGACCACUUCAGGGGUCAUUCCACUCUUGGUUAAAGAAAUAGUUCACCCAAAAAUGAAAAUUUACCCUUGGGCCAUUCAAGAUGUAGAUGAGUUUGUUUCUUCAUCAGAAGAACCGAUCUGGAGAAAUUAUAUGACUUGCUCACCAAAGGAUCCUCUGCAGUGAAUGGGUGCCGUCAGAAUGAGAGUCCAAACAGCUGAUAAAAACAUCACAAUAAUUCACAAGUAAUCCACACAACCCCAGUCCGUCAAUUAACAUUUUGUAAAAAGCUGCACAUUUGUUAGUAACAAAUCUAUCAUUCAUUUGUUUUAACCUUAAACCCUGGGUUCCCACUAAAAUACAAGUCCUCAAGCCAUCAUAUUGCUUUCUUCCCUAAAAAAAAAGUAUAAAGAAUUUAGAUUAAGCACCAUUUACAAGCAAAAUCAGUCCAAAAGUGUUCUAAACAAAUAUGUUGAUGGAUUUUGAUGUGAGAGGACAUCAGGGGAUGGACUGUUUCACUUGAGGAAGCGUUAUUAUGGAUUAUGGACUCAUAUUUUGACCAGAAGCAAUGGUUUACAGUUUAAUGAUCAAUUUGUUUCUUACAAACACGCAACUUUUCUUCACAAGAUGUUAACUGAGCGACUGGAGUUGUGUUGUGGAUUAUUGUUAUGUUUUUAUCAGCUGUUUGAACUCUCAUUCUGACGGCACCCAUUUACUGCAGAGGAUCCAUUGGUGAGCAAGUGAUGUAAUGAUACAUUUCUCCAAAUCUGUUUCUUUGAUGAAACAAAUUCAUCUACAUCUUGCAUGGCCAGAGGAUAAAUACAUUUUCAGCAAAUUUUCAUUUUUGGAUGAACUAUUCCUUUAAAUUAUUACGCACUCUACCAGUAUUGGUACUUGUUUCUUGUGAGUAGGUGCUAUUUUCCAAGCUCUGUGCACUUAGAGAUUACAAACCAUUCCACUAUCUCAUGCUUUGGUCUUGACUUCAUAUCUUAGGCAGAACCAGUACUUCCAAACUGCCAAGAAACCUUUUCUGGCUUUGCUUUUGCUUCAGUACAUUCUUUCUUUUAUUACACUGGUGGCUAGUUCUCCACCAUUACUAGUAUUACUAACAAGUCAGUGUUAGUCACAAGGUGCUCAUUACUGCCUACAUUUAUUGUUGUAUGAUAAAGUGUGUUAACCUAAUAAAAAAUUUUCAUGGAGUGAUAAAGCCAAUCAUAACUGUACAUUUUUUUCAAAAAAUUCUUGAAAUCUCUCAUUUUUAAACUUGAAGGCUCACACUUAAGAUACGAUGUUUUAAUGAUUAAAAAAAGUUUGAUAAAAAUUGCAAGUUUACGAAUGUAUCAUAAUUGUGGUUAUGUAGGAAUGUUUUAAUUUAAAAUCUUUAUCCGUUGCAUAUCUCUGAUUCCUUGUUUUUUUGAGCUGAAUGUAGAUGACACUGAGAUCUGUCUAAACCAAUUAGCCCAUCUCUAAAACACAACAGAUGAUCUUCUAAACAAGAUAUCUGGCUUAAAAAGUUCAGUCUUUUGAAUUUUCUCUCUUAUUAUUGGAGACUUUUGACAGGAUAUGCAACCUGUACAUAUUCUAUAUUUUGAUAGCUUUGUGUUUUAUGUAUUUGCAUCAAUUUAUCAAUCAAACAGCCACAUGAUAAAACCUAAAAGAUCUCAAUUACUUACUGUCUUUGUUUCACUGGUCAUUGCAAAUGUCUAGUGAGUCCAAACCCAGCAUGAACGUCCAUAACCUCCCCACAAUAUAUGAAAAAGUUGAUGAUGGACAGGCGCGUAGCAAAACAAUUGAGCGAUGGGUGUAAAUUUCUGCUCAGUUCUGCGGUGCUUGGAGCUUUCAUUUUGUGCUUUAACGGCUCUAGUUAAAAAAACUAAUAAAUGGGCAGAAUGAGAUUUACAUGUUAAGUCAAAAUCCAAGUAAUUUAUGUUAUUUAUGUAAUAGCAAAGGUGCCCAAAUAUGUGUGUGUAUGUGCAAAGUGGAGUUAUAUCCCUUGAAAUAUCAGUAGGUUGUGUUGCGGUCUGAAGAUUUAAAUAUCUGCAGAAAUUUUGUGAAAAUAAAUAUGAUCUAAAGCUCAAUUAAAACUUAAAAGUGUGAAAAAAAUAAACAUAGCAUUAUUUGGAAGCUAAAGCGUCUUUGCAAAUAUAUUUUCAUUGAAUGCAGCACUGAGAAAUUGUGUGCAACGAGAAAAAAUGUAAAACAUUGGAUGUCUAUCUAGACUUAUGGGGAAAAAAUUAAGAAUAUGAGGGGGGGAAAUAAGAGAUCUGCAUGCAUGAGCAAAGAAAAAGAUUAUUGAAAGGUGCUUAGAAAUGCCUGAAUUAACUUUUCCAGGUUGAGAGGAGACACUGGAUUCUGUAUUAACUUUUGUGUAUCGUUUUGUAAAUUGUUUGGGUUUGUUUGUUUUUAGAUUCUUUGAGACUGUGAUUUUCUUUUAUCCUGUAUGAAAUAUAAUCGAAUCAACUGAUAACUCAAACGCUGUUCCGGAUGUAGUAAACAUUUAUCAUAUAACUAGCAUGUCAGAUUGCCAAUAUUGUCUUUAAUAUGCAGUGAGCCUGAUGUGCUAAAUGCUGUAUUCCUGUAAAACACUACAUUGGAAGGUGAUAAGGUUUAUAAUUAUUGAUAAAUUUAUAUAUUUUUAAAUUUUGUUACUAUACAUGGUUGUUCUUGUGCAAAUAUCUGUUUUUUUGUUUUGUUUUGUUUUUUUGUAUCAAUAAACAAACCUAC